CCAAAUUGGGGACAGUGGGGAGCUAUGCUAUUUCAUCAUUGGAGUGCAGUGAACAGUUUUACAGUUGUAUUUAGACUUUCUUAGUCUCCUGCAUCGACCCCAUUUGACCACUAGAGGUCUCCGCAGCGAAUCCCAUAGGCUGCUUUUACUCCAGAUGGAACUUUUACAGCUAAAAUUAAAUGGGCGGAGGUAGAAAGGCUGAUCUCUCUUCUCUGAUUGGCCCGCGAUCUACACAGCGGCACCGUACUUGUAGUUUCUGAAUGAAGUCCGGGAAUGACUACGAGUCCCAGAAUGCAGCGCGGCUCCAGAUUCCUAAUUGGCCUCUUCAAUCGUCCUCUUACAAAGCGCAUAAACAAAAGGCUUCCUGUGGAUCAGCAGUUCAUCACCUGGAUGACCACAGAUUUCGGAUCAGAUUGAGAAAUGGAAGCAUCACCUAAAAUCUCACAAAAGAGGACUCAAGAGGACUUGAGUAAAUUGAAAACCAAGAAGGACCAAGAGGCCAAACGCUCAUCUAAAGGGACUAAAUCCAACGAGGAGAAACGUCCAAAAGUGAAAAAGACAAAAGACCAUAAGGCGGCACGAGAUCCGUCAUCUGGGGAAGAAAAAGCGAACGAAGAUCGCCAGUGGUUACGAAUCCAACUAAAUAUGCAAACUAAGUCAUUACCGAUGAAGGUCAAAGAAGAAAGGUCCAAUGACCUUGAAGAGCAUUCUCUUGCAAAGUCCAGGCCUUAUGCCUGUGUGGUUUGCCAAAAGAGUUUUGCUCAAAAGUCGAACCUUGUCACCCACUUUCGAGUCCACACCGGCUCCCGGCCUUAUAUGUGCAUGGAAUGUGGAAAGACCUUCAGCACCAGCUCCAACGCCGUCACCCACCAGAGGGUUCAUACCGGCGAGCGCCCCUACAGCUGUGGAGAGUGUGGAAAAAAGUUCAGCAUCAGCUCCAACUUGGUGACCCACCAAAGGGUUCAUACGGGGGAAAGACCUUACUCUUGCACAGAUUGCGGCAAGAGUUUCACUCACCGCUCCAAUCUAGUCAUACACCAGAGAGCCCAUUCUGGGGAGAAGCCCUACAUGUGCCAAAACUGCGGCAAAAAUUUUACACACAGCUCUCACCUUGUAGCCCAUCAAAAAGUCCACACUUAAAGCCCUUCUUCAC